ACUAGUUAUAUAGGUUAGUUAGGUUAGCUAGGUAGGGAGCAUGGAGUGAUUUGAUAUUUAUCCAUGGUGAACCACUAUCUUAACACGAGCUAUUUUUCAUAAUUUAACGUUUUCACAAAAAGCAGACAUAGACAAAAAAUAGUUGUUUAACACCAAUGCUACCACACGGAGAAUGCGCCUGAAAACUGCAGGAAAGCUUGAGAUUUUUCCUGUAAGUUACAUGAUCCACAGUCCCACUCCUACCCCAGUGACAAGACAGGUCGCGCGCAGUCUGAACUGAAGAAACGGCUCGAAAUACAAACCCACCCGGCGGUUUCAACUUCUUACUGAAGAUUCAAAAGCAUGAGUGGUAGAAAUCGGUACUGCCCUUCAGCCAGCCAGGUGUGCCGUGCCUCAUCCUUUACCAGACAGCCACCCCGUGUGCUCAUUGUGGAUACAUCACCACCCUGGUGGUCAGAAACAUGUUCUGUCCUGUGUGAGGCCCUUGAAAACUUUCUUGCUUUGGCCAGCACUCUAGAGGGGCCCAGCAGAGUGCCGCUGCUCAGUCUAUAUGCAGUCAGUCUACAGCAGGAGUGUCUGCUGCCAUUUGUGCAAGUCAAGGGUAAUCUUGCACGCCUGCACUCAUGUGUGGAGGAGCUGCGUUCUCUGCCAAAAGAAGGUUGCACCAGACCACGGGCUGAACUUCUCAGACAGGCAGUGCUGGACAGUCUGCAGCAGUACAAACACUACACACACCAUGCCACACAGGGGAAUGACCUCAAGAGCAGCUCAGUGGAGGUGACGGUGUUGACCAGCCAGUCAGGCCAGAUUGUACUGAAGCAGCUGGAGCAGAGCCUAAAAGACUCAGACUUGGUGAAUUUGCGCAGACUGCUGGUGGUCCAUAUUGCUGUGGAGCAAAACUUUCCUGAGAGAGAGCCAUCAUUGAGCCCUGAACCCACUUUGAAGCAGAACAUGGAUGAGCAAGGAGAUUGUCUGAUGUUAGGUGCAGAGAUGGAUGUGCAGCUAGUGGAGAACAGUGUGGUUGCUGUGGAGAAUGUACUAAAAGCAUGGCUGCAUGACCAAACAGGAGAAAGAGAGCACCUUCAGCUGUUCUUACCUGCAUUUGGAGAAAAACUGAGCUCAAAAACCAAUACUGUUCACAGGCCCAAUCCUGUGUGUAUAAAGUGUGACAUGCAGGAAAGGCUUGUGAGUCCUGCUCUACUUCCUGGCACGCCUGACCUUGGAGCAAAAACUGAGAGUUUACGGGACUUCCAGCCCACUAGCAAAAGCCUGUCCAAUCAGAGCCCUCCACCACAGCGGCUUCGAGUUAUCAAAGCUCUGCGGGCAGACGGAGUGUGUCAGUCUGUGCUGUAUGGCCUUCCUCUGAUCAUCAGACCCACAACCUGCUGGCAGCUGGACUGGGACGAGAUGGAAAACAACCAACAGACUUUCCACGCUCUCUGCCACACCCUCAGAACCCGGUACUGGUUUCUCUUGGUGCGUUCAGAGCCAGAAUUUGGUUCCGGGUCUCGUGUAUUCUCUUACUAUGUGCUCCAACCGUCCACAUCACUCUCCCUGUUACUCAAACCUGUCCUCACAAGAGAACUGAUGCUACCCUGCAACCUGCCCUUCCUAAAUGAGGACCCAUCCCUCAACGCACUCACCAUGGUGGAGAUGUGCCUGGAACAGCUAGAGGAGGACCCUGUAUUUAAUCCUCUGUGUCUGCGCUCCAAUCUGUACACCCAGCUGAGGAUGAGAGGCCUGCUCUCUCGCCCCUAUACUUCUCAUUCUGAGAGCCAGAGCCAGGGCCGAGGCCAACGCAGAGACAACCACCGCCCAGCAGAGGGCUCCACAUCACGACAGCAGGGGCGUGUGAGAGCCACUAUAGCCCCUCUUGCCUCUGCCCCACCUGGCAAAAUGUCUCGCCCCCCUCUGACCCUGAGCCACUCCAGCGCCCAUGCCCCCUCCCUCUGCCGACAGUGACUGACGGGGAAGCGGCCUGCUGAUGAUGACGAUGACGCAAGAGUGAGAAACCAAGCGCGUCGCAUUACUAAAUCUGGUGGUAACUAGCACACAGAACUGUUUCACCUGAAUGAGAAGCUUUUUGGCUAGCCUGUGGCCUAUGUUUAGAGCGACUGAGCUGACCUACAUUUGCGUAGACUGAUAAACCACACUGUAUACCAGAGACAACAUUAUAGAUUUAUUUACAGUUCGGAAACCUUUCAACUGCAAUAGCUGUGUGUUUUUUACCCCGCGUGCAAAUUAGCCGUGUGCCAUAUAAUUGGUGCGCUGUGACUACUCAGACUACAACAGAAAACACACAUCACAUCUGUAAAGCAUUUUCACGUUUCACAGAUGCUAUUGUGUACUGUAUCAAGGGGGUGGGGUAAGCAAUUGCAGAUGGAAGGCAUAAAAAAACAGCAUAUAGGCAUGUUAAUAACCUAAAGAGUGUUAAAUAUGAGUGCCACAUCAUAACGAAAGCCUGCAAAUCGUUUAAAAUAAUCCCUAAACACCACCACAGGCUUAAGUUCAAUUCAUUAGUCUCAGUAAGCCUCUCAAGUUUAUUGUUGGUCAGUGCAACAUGGCAGCCUUACAAUGGAGCACACACCAACUGUUUAUAUCUCCCCACAGCUGUAAGGCAUUACUGAGCUGAUAAAACACUUCAUUUUUUCUCUAAAGACUCCAAAAACAGAAUUAGACAAUGUUCACUUAAUGCCCAUUUUUCUGUUUUGUUUUCGUAAACGCCUCCAAUAAGCAGCAGUUCCCAAAAAUGCUUAAUUAGCACAAAUUCACUUUUUAGUAUUUUACUGCUAGCCCAUUUUUUUCUUUAACAAUGACUUGACCACAAGUUGGACAAGUUGGAAAUUCUCAGAGAUCCAGGCUGAAAUGAGGCUGAGACUGAGGUUAGGCAAGGCGUUUAGUAAGCAGAACCACAAAGCCACAAUUUAAAGACAAAAGACAUACAAAAGCUUUUUUAGAGAGAAAAAAAUAUAUAGAGAGAGCAAGAGAAAUAGUACAAAAGAGUACAGCUCUUUUCAGCACACUGUUCUAACUGAAAGAAUGGGUCUAUCUGCUGAGUGUUGGGGUGUAAGGGAGAGUACUAGAAGAAAGAGCAUAAAAAGAAAAAAAAAGAGGCAGCUAGGCACAGAGGCAUUGCAUUGCAAGGCUGUACAACAAGCCUCACAGAAACACACUGUACUCAGCUGAAGAGAAAUUCAGAACAAGGCCUCAAUGAGAAAGCAAGAGAGAGAGAGAGAAAGAGAGCGCGCGAAAAAGAAAGAG